GCGCGUUUUGUUUCUUUUCACACUGGCCCUAAAGAGGAUAUAUUAGAAGUUGAAAAGGAAGGGUGAGAAGCAGGCCGAUGGCGCAAAGGUACGACGAUUUACCCCAUUACGGUGGGAUGGAUGGAGUGGGGAUUCCGAGCACCAUGUAUGGGGACCCCCAUGCCGCCAGAUCCAUGCAGCCUGUCCACCACCUGAACCAUGGUCCUCCGCUUCACUCCCACCAAUACCCGCACACAGCUCACACCAACGCCAUGCCCCCCAGCAUGGGGUCCUCUGUCAAUGACGCUUUAAAGAGAGAUAAAGAUGCCAUUUAUGGACACCCCCUCUUCCCACUCUUAGCACUGAUUUUUGAGAAAUGUGAACUAGCGACGUGCACGCCCCGGGAGCCCGGGGUAGCGGGAGGCGACGUUUGUUCUUCCGAGUCUUUCAACGAAGAUAUAGCCGUGUUCGCGAAACAGAUCCGAGCAGAAAAACCCUUAUUUUCUUCUAACCCCGAACUGGAUAACUUGAUGAUCCAAGCCAUACAAGUAUUAAGGUUUCAUCUGUUGGAAUUAGAGAAGGUACACGAAUUGUGUGACAAUUUCUGCCACCGGUACAUUAGCUGUUUGAAAGGGAAAAUGCCAAUCGAUUUGGUGAUAGACGAUAGAGAAGGCGGAUCAAAAUCAGACAGUGAAGACAUAACAAGAUCAGCAAACCUAACAGAUCAGCAGCCUUCCUGGAAUAGAGACCAUGAUGACACAGCAUCAACACGGUCAGGAGGAACGCCAGGGCCCUCCAGUGGAGGGCAUACAUCACACAGUGGGGACAAUAGCAGUGAACAAGGUAGGAACUUUGUUCUGAAUCUUGGUGUCUUUGGGAUUCAAGCACCUAGCAUACUAGUUUCAAUGUUUUAGAA